CUAAAGCGAAAGUAAAUAAUUAUAUUAUACAAGUUAGGGAAGCAUUCAUUUUUCAUCAUGAAGUCAAUAUCUGAGCUGUGUCAGAAAAAAUCAUAGGAAUUGAUUAUAUUCUUGAAACAUAGAACUCUACAUUAUCCACGGCAAAUUCCACAAUUUAAGAUGAAUCCAUUUGGAAGACUUUCUAGUGUGGAUCAAAUGGGACAAUGGGCUUUUUUUCAACUGCAACAAUGCAAAUUGAAUGGGGAACAAAGUCUGCGACAUGGUGAUUACGCCAGCGCUUUUGCGAUGUAUAAUACAGCAGUGGAAUAUUGCAAUAUGUGCGGUCCUUUUCUGAACGUUCAGGAGGAACUUUCGAACAUCCUCAGCAAUCGGUCAUUGGUUUUAAGUAAAAUGGGGGACUUCGGAUUGGCUUUGACGGAUGCCCAACAAUGCAUCGGAUUAAACCCUCAUGGGGCUAAGGGGUAUUUGCGGUCUGCUGCUGCUUACAAAGGUUUGAACAAUUUUUAUGAAGCUCUGAACAUAUUGAUACAAGGCUACAAUGUGACACUACCCCAAGGUGACCAGGAGAUCGCAAUAACUUUUCUUCAGGAACUUAUCGUCACAAUAACUCAGCUUCAAAAACAUCAAGGUGAUUGUGAUUCCCUUUUGGCAGAGCACGAAGAAUUAAACCCCGAAUCCCUCGAAACCGAUGCUCAAGAGAAGCUGUUACAGGGACUGGCUAGCAGUCACCACUGGGAAGGCGUCAGCUUACUUAUUACCGGGGAACACAGAGGCCCGAAGAGUUCCUUGGAUUUCUCGAUUCCGAACGUUUCUGCCAAACAUGUCUCGAUUGCCUGUCUUUUUGAGGAUCUUUCUAUUUCGGAUUUAAAACGAUAUGGGAUGCGACUUGCUGUUGCGCUUCUAAAAAACGGUUCUCCUUACCAAGACAUUGAAGAAGUGUUUGGAAUUCCAGCUUUUCAUGUUGUUCUCAUUAAGACAUUGGAAACGGGAUAUGACGGGUUAAUAGAACUGUUCUUCAGAAAUUAUUUGGACACCCAAGAGAAAAAGGAUGCAGUUGAUAGAUAUGGCAAUUCAGCUCUACACGUCAUCGUUCGGUUAAAAACCUGUAGUGAUGAGGAGAGGAAUAACUUGCUAUUGCUUUGCAUUCAACACGGCUGCAGCGCCUUGAUUUUUGAUGAAACCGAAAAACUUCCAAUCGACUACUGUGAUCAUACUGACAAAUGUUUCGAAUCUCUAUCAAGAAUUUUUAAUGAUAUUGAAACUGUUCGAAGACAUGUUCUCGAACUCAAAGAGAAAGGAAAUUCAGAAAAGGACGAAAAGCAAUAUGAACAGGCUCUUCUUCAUUAUAGCAGAGCUAUAAAGUUGUCAACACGGUGUGAUAUGCUACACAAAGACAGUGCCAUACUCUAUACCAGCAGAUGUACAGUUUAUGCGGAAAGCAACCGUCUUCAAGAGGCCAUGAAAGACGCGGAGUUGGCAAUCAAAAUAGACAACACAUAUAUGAAGGGCCACUGGAGAAAAUCUCAAUUACUACGAAAAAAUGGACAGAACAGUGAGGCUUUUGUGGCUGCUAUGGAAGGAGUGAAUAUCUCUGAAAUUGUCAACAAAGACAAAUGUGAACUUGUCAUUGAAAGUGUCAAAUCAUUUCAAUACCUUUCUGACUUCGAGAAAAACGAAAGGUACGGUGCCUUUUCGGACGUUCCAGUUGAUCUCUGGCCUUCUGUGUUACAAAGACUCAGCAAAGAAGCAGAAUGGUUAUGCAUUAAACAACUAGUUAUUGGUAUAGGCCAAGACAAUG